ACCACCAAAGUCGAGCAACUCUUACGACAGACAUCGCCGUCCGGAAGACGUCUCUAGCACAACGGUUGUGUAUCCUGCACCUUGCUCGGAUAUUUCUUGAGUCACCGUUAGUCUCGUAUCCUCUUGGCUGCGUCGCCGCGUGCUCGAGCCGGCGCAAUGAGCUCUUCUUUGUCUGUUGCAAAGAAGCAACUUCGAACUCUCAUGAAGUCGAAGCUUGCAGACAUUACACAAGAAUCCGUUUCCACACAAAGUCGCAGUGUUUUCGAAUCUCUCAAGACAUUCAGCCCUUAUCUCAAUGCUGAACGCGUCAGCAUUUUCCUGUCUAUGCCCUCUGGCGAGGUACAGACUGAUGCCAUCGUACGCCAUGCUCUCUCGUCCGGGAAACAAGUGUUCAUACCAUAUCUUCACAAAUCACCGCUUGGCGAGAAUGACGCUCCGUCGAGGGUUAUGGAUAUGGUGCGACUUCGUGAUCUCCAGGAUUACGAAUCGAUGCAGCCAGACAAAUGGGGCAUUCCCAGCAUCGAUCCAACCACGAUUCAAGACAGACAAAGGAUUUUAGGAGGACCAGAUGUUCACCAUUCUGAGUCAGCGACAUUGGACAUGAUUCUGAUGCCUGGUGUGGCCUUUGACCUUGAUCCAAAGACUAGUCAAAUAAGAAGACUUGGUCAUGGACGUGGCUUCUAUGACUUCUUCUUACAGCGUUACUGGGCCAAAACGGCACUUCUCAGAAGCGGGCAGCCUCAUGCUGUUCAGCUCUACGGCCUGGCCCUCUCUGAGCAAUUUGUCUCUCCUGAGUCCGGCGGCCCGGUCCCUGUUGGGCAGUACGACAAGAAUCUCCAUGGACUGGUUCUCGGUGAUGGCGAGAUCAAAACCUCAUCUGACAGCCCAGACACAUCAGCACUCCACCGACGAUGAUGAAUCUUAAACAUGGUAUCAUUUUUUUUUUC